CACUCGAACCGCCGCCGGUGGAGCAGUAUACGUAUAGUUUGUGCUCGUGUGUCCAGCUCCUAUCUCGAGCGUGUUAUCAGCGUAUAGGAAAGUACGAUAUAAAAUUUUUUUUUCUCCCGUAUAUACAUACCACUUAACACACACACACACACAGACACAUGUAGACUAACGCAGCAGCAACACACGCACACGGCAACAUUAUCGAGAUAUCAGUCGAGAAAGCGUAGGAGUUUACGCGCGGAGGGUAGGGGGGUGUGUAGAGCCGGAAUUCAUAAGAUCGAUCGCGAACACCGCCUUAUCAGCCGGUCACCUGGAUUAGCGCGGCGACGAACCAGCUGUCGAAGCUUCCAGGGAAACGCCGCCGCCGCCGACGCUGGCGGAUUAAUUAAGCUAUAACGCGAUCGCGAUGGCUGAAAGACCGGAGGUGUAUGCAAACAUAUGGUAAGGAUGUAAGCUACGCGUGGGAAUCGUAUGUUCGUUGUUUUUCUUGGUUUUUUUUUUCUUUUCCGACGCGUUUGCGGUGAAUCGCGAGGGUUGGGUUUUUACGUUGACUUUGAUAAGAUUAAAUGAACUCGUACGAGCGAAAUUAUGCGCAAACUCUGGUAUGGGAAUAUUGACAGGAUCAACGCUUGCAAUGUUGAUGUUUACCGUAUAUCAAAGUUCGGCAUUAGUUAACGCGCGAACACGUAACCGUUUACAAUAUAUCAGCGAUGCAUAUAUAUAUAACCCAACAAAGAGCACUUCCACUGCAUACAAACAAAAAAGUUUCCAACUUUCCUCCACUGUAUACAACACGCACAUACGGCAUUCAUUAGCGCAACCCUUCAAUGCGAUCGGGAAACUAAUAAACGCGAGCGAUCGAAGCGCGAGAGAAAGAAAACACAACAAGAUCAAACCGAUUUCAUUUAAUUACAGGAAACAAUGAGCAGGCAUUGAAUAGCUGUUUGCCCGCACAGCGUGUGUGUGUGUGUGUGUGCGCGCGCGAUCGAGCAACAAGUCUACUAUACUACACUACGAGGGGGUAUACACACGUAGCAGUAAAUACAAUUAAUAGUCGAUCAAGCCUCCGCGGCGCGUUGCCCGUCUCGCCGCGCGCUCAUCAUGACGAAUAACAAGCUCCGUCUCGCCCCGAGAAAAAAGAAGGUCACAUCUCACUAGAGACGCCGCCGCCGACAACUACAUUACACCAACACACAGAUCCGAUAUCGAGGGAGAGAAGGAAAAUAAAGAGGAGGAGGAAAAAACAGCGCGAUGGUCUCAUCGGCAGUAUUGGGGGCAGCCGCCGGCACAGGCCUGGCUCUCGUCAUCGCCGUCACCAUCGUCGUCUACAGGUACUACUCGACCGGCAGGAAGGUGAAGAGCUGGAGCUCGCUGGACCGCUGGCCCGAGCCUCCCAAGUGUCCCAGUCUGAACCAGAGCAAGGUCGUGCGCCAGCAGCUUCCCAGCCAUCAUCAGGAUAACAACGAUCCCGAGGCCUGCCGCGUGCUCAACCAGAGCAAGACCUGCUACUACUCUGUCCAGAAGACGGAGUUGAGCGUCGCCAAGGAACAGCAUGCUGUGCAGUCGUCCUCGGCAGCGAGUGAAUCAUCAGGCCAGAGUCGAAGCAGUCACAUGGGCCUGGUCAUGGGAAGGACGUUGACGAGCCUCUCGAGGCGGCCGUCGAGCGGCUCGCAGGAGCAGCUGCCGGCCACGCCACCCUCGGGAGAGCAGCAGCAUCAUCAUCACACCUCGGCCUCGGCUACUCCGAGUCCGCAAAUUCGAGCCUACGGACCCGACGGCCGACACCACAACCACGAGCUACUUCACGCCGCAUCCUCCUACCCGCCUAGCAGAGGCUCCAGGUCUCCGUCGCCAGUGCGAGCAGCCUCCCUGGACGCCCGCUGCCCCAGUCCUAUGCCAGGCGGUCCAGCAGCUGGGACGGCCGCCUACUCGCUUACCUCCUUGACGAGCUCCCAGCCCGGCCUACAUCAGCCGCCGCAGCUUCAGCACCAGCCGUUGAGCUGCGCCAGCUCGUCGUCCGGUAACUCGACGCCCAGCAAGUCCGGCCAGCGCUGUCUCUCGCCCCUCCUCAUACCCCCGCCUCGUGCCUCCUUCUGCGCUGGCCAGAUCGGCGACGGGAACUCCGCACCCCCGGCCUCGCCCAUCGGCACCAUCAGGCCCGACUUGUACACGAGACGCGACGGGCCGCUUUUCCUCAGCAACAGCACCAGGAGAUCGGGCAAGUCGCUGGGCCGGCUGCACCUGCGGCUGAGCUACGACUUCGACAAGUCGGACCUGAACGUGCACCUGAUCGAGGCGAACGAGCUCGCGGGCAGCGACGCCGGCGGCUUCAACGACCCCUACGUCAAGCUGAGCCUGAGCCCCGAGGUGGACGCGCGCAAGCGCCAGACGCCGAUCCACCGCAACGAGCCCAACCCCGUCUUCGACCAGCAAUUCAAGUUCCCGGUGAGCCACGAGGAGCUCCAGGACAGGACCCUGCUGCUGCAGGUCCUCGACUACGACCGCUUCUCGCGCAACGACGUAGUCGGCUCGCUGCGCAUCGACCUCGAGGACCUCGAGCUCGGCUCGGCCAGCGAGGACAUCGAGGUCUGGGGCGAGAUCAGCCGCGAGCGCAAGCCACCCGAGGAGACCCAGGAGGUGCUCAUCUCGCUCUCGUACCUGCCCUCGGCCGAGCGACUGACCCUCGUGGUCCUGCAGGCGCGCAACCUCUUCCCGGCCCCAGGCAAGGACAGCCUCGACCCCUUCGUCAAGGUCGGCCUGCUCUGCGGCGAGAAGCGCGUCAAGAAGAAGAAGACUGCCGUGCGCAAGGCCACCCGCUGCCCCGUCUGGGAGGAAGCCAUGUCCUUCAACGUGCCAGCCUCCUCGCUCGGCUCCACCGCCAUUGAGAUCUGCGUGCUGGACUCGUCGAGCGAGUUGAUCGGAAACAACGCGAUCGUCGGCUCGUGCAUCGUCGGCCCUGGCAUCGGCACAGCGACGAACCUCGAGAGUGGCGCCGCCAACUCGAGCAAGGAGCACUGGCAGAACAUGACCCAGUCGCCGAGGAAGGCCGUCGCCAUGUGGCACACGCUGCACUAACUCGACCUGCACUUGACCUGCUCUGCUGCACAAAAUUUCUCUACACCAUUGUCUCUACAUAUUACGCACUCACGCGUAUUAUAAAAUAUGUAUUAUCCUUCGUUUCCGUCCGGACAGAAUUCUGAACAAAACACCUCUCGGAUUAUAUUGACACGCAACUACAACUCUAUAUGCAUUUAUAACUGCAGCUCUCUGCACCGCGCGCAAUCGUCGCACACAAACACACACUUCGCAGCAGCGUCUUCGAUGUCAUUGUAUAACGAGUAAGAGUCUGAUUAAUCAUGUUUUUAUUAUAACGCAACUGAGCUUUUCUUUCGGCCUCGUGACCACCAUAUCGUAUUUUCACUUCGACUGCGUAUACAGGAGUUGUCGCGCGACGAUUUUUGCAAGUUUAUAUAGUUUGUAGAGAAAACGCAAGACUUUUUCCAGACUCUUCGUCCACCAGUGCACGCAUUUUCGCUCCUCGUUAGACGGGCGGCGAAAAUUAAAACAACAAAAUUAUAAAUAACAAUAAUAAUAAUCAAGAAUGAUCAUGUCUAGCAGAUUUACCUUUGAGAAGAUCUGAAGGUCGAUUCGAAUUCACGUUUCGCGCUGCUCUUUUGUUGCGCGAAAUCUGGAUUUGAAUUGACUCUCGAACCCACUUGACUCUGUAAUUCCCGGUCCGAGCAAGUGAUCAAGGAAUCGUAAGCGUCGAGCACUUGCGGCCUAUACUGUAUACACUUAAAUAUAUCUUGUAUAAUGAGAUAAUUCGUCUAUAUUUUCCAAGUAUUAAUAUACACUCACAAUCAUGUCUAUCUUCAAUGGCAAGGAUCAAUGUUAUGUAAUUGGAAUGGCGUCGUUUCUCCAUUUGUCAAAAGAAAAUUGAAAAAUAAAUUAUAUAUAUAUAGAUACAUAUGAAAACAAAAAAUCAAUGAAAUCUUCAACCUUUUUUGUAUAUGCGUGAUCUCAACGUUGAUAAAGACAUAUACCGAACAAAAAGAAUCAUGUUUAUCGCCUGUUAAUCAAAGUUAUAUCAAAUCACUUUUUCAUAUAACAGUAAUAUUAAUAAUAAAUCAUAGUAAUAAUAACAACAAUAAUAAUAGUAAUAACCAUAAUGAAAGGCACUAUAAUAUAUAAUGAUAACAAAAGUUCCGCGAUCGUGGGCGCGAGAACGUCGUCCAAAAUGUACGCUUAAUAUAUAAAUAUAUAUAUAAAUAUAUAUUAUAUAUAUAUAUGAAGAAACCUUUUAACUUACAGUAUUUCUAUAUUGUUCUCUAUUUUAAAUGAAAUAUUUAUUCGUAAUGAUUAUAUAUUAUACAUAACUAAAGAAAAGAUAUUUCUCUAUAUUUAAAAAAAAAAAGAAAGAAUAUGUGUAUAUAUAUAUACCUUUGUCAGAGAGAUAUAUACAACAUAUAAAGCGCGCAAAAAUUAUACAAUAACAUUGAAAAAGGAAAAAUGCAAUGUACGAGAGACAUUUCAUCGUCGAAAUUGUAGCCUUUGUUGAGACAGACUUGCAAGUGCGCUCGCCAGAUUUUUCAAGACCGUCAUGUUCGUUGCACGUGACUCCGUAGAUCAUAUACGAUUCUAAAAACUAAAAUUAAACAAAAUUCGACAUGCUUUCAAAGGUACUUUCAUAUUUUUUCAAUUGCUAAAUACCGGCUAGCGCUUUGAUUGCUUGAAAUGUCUCUCGAAUUUCGUGACGCAUACACAUUAUCUGGAUAAUGUCGUGAAAACAAUCGAGUCUUGCAAUCGAUUGCAAGAUUGCCUUGCUUUACACAUUUAAAUCUUUAAAAGCUGAGAGUAUAAGAUUUAAAAUACAAAUAAAUAUGGUGCAAUAUUCAAAAAGAUAUAAAAUAAAAAAAGAAUGAAAUAUAUAUAUAUAUGACGAGAUCAGGUGUUGAAAAUAAAAUGAAAAUGUACGUGGUAAAUGUUUAAGGAAAAAUGUUCUAACACAUAUAAAUGAUGAAUAAAAAAUACCAAAAUAUUUGAUUGGCGUUGAAUGGUUAUAGGAAAAACGUACAUUAGCGUGAUUUAUAUGUAUGUGAUGUGCAUUAAAUAUUUUUCUUGUCAUGUACGAUGUACCUUUUGUGAUUGAACCAAAAUAAAGAGAAUCGUACAAUUUCCAUUA